AUGGCUCUCAUUUCUAGGGACUUUCGUCGCACCUAUGUGCACUUCAAGUGGCCGUUUGCAGACUUUCACGCCGACUCGUCUCAUGCAAUCAACCCGCCAUCCUUUUCGCUUCUGCGCAUUAAUGAGCCACCGCCCCUGGGGGGAGACACGAAUUGGAUAUCCGGCUACGGUACAUUCGAGACACUUUCGCCGCCAUUUCAAAAGUUCUUGGAGGGUCUGAGUGCGUGGCACAGUUCCGAGCACGUCUACGAGUCGGUUACCAACCACUGGCACGCGAAACUGCCGACUCGGCCGUCCGAAACGUUGCACCCCGUGGUGCGAACACAUCCCGUCACGGGAUACAAGUCGCUCAAUCUAAAUUCCGGGUUUGUCACGAGAAUUGAUGGGCUGAAUCGCUACGAAUCUGACAAGCUGCUCGAGUUGCUCUUCACUCACAUCCAUACUGCCACCGACCACACGGUGCGCUGGAGAUGGGAAAAGAACUCAUGCGCGCUGUGGGACAAUCGCUGUGCUACACACCGCGCAACGCAUGACUAUGCUCCCUUACAUCGGUCCGGCGUGCGCGUCACCAUUGUCGGCGAAGUUCCGGUUUUCAAGGAGGGCAGCCGGAGUCGGAAGGACGUUGAGCGUGAGCUGAGAAACAGCAGGAAUGUUUCAGCCGUGUACAAUGAGAACUUGCGCCGCGGCGUCUAA